AACUCGACUCAAUUUUUUCGUAAUCGAAACCCAUCAUUUAUCACAACUUCGACAAAAACGAGCCCUUAAACCCUCUUGAAUUUUGAGCAGAUUUCGAAGGAGAAGAAGAGUUCACUGUUGCCAUUACGCCAGAACUACCUUGCACCAAAAUCAUAACCGACAAAGCAUUGUAACAGUUCUCUUCUUUCUCUGGCUUCCAGCCAACAAUAUAUGGACUGGGCUUUCGUGCACAGAAUCUGGGAAAAAUGGGCAUCCAACAGUGUUGGUUCUCCAGGGCUUCCUCUAAAGGCUGCUCUGUUGAUUAAUUAUGACCCAACUGGACCUUCUCGCCUCCUAUCUACAAUUGUAGAGCAAGAAGCUGUAAAAGCAGAUCCAAUGGAAUUGAGUCAAUUUGUUAGUUUCGUCAAAAGAAACAAACUUCAGGCUGAGAGCUUCUUUAUCGGACAGAAUCAAUAUCUUGUCACAUCCAUUCAUGAGAGCUGGUUCAGUGCAAGAUGCAUGAACACCUCGAAAGCUGCUGGGGAAGGUGCUAUUGUGAUGCAGACUGCGGCAUUUCUCUUGGUUGGACUAUACGACGGUUCCAUUGGCUCAGCAUCUCGGGCUAUGGUGGCUGUUGAUCAGUUUGCAUUGCACAUUGAAGGUGCUUAUCCUUUCGAAGCAGGUCCUGGAGAUGCUGGGGUAUUGGCAGGUGCUGUGGAUGUUGGGUAUUAGUUGGUACUGGAAGGUAAGUCAUGAAGUUGUACCCACGGUACUGAUUCAGAUCUGCCAGGAGUCUUCUUUCACCUAGUCAAUUACUUGACCACCGACUGGGUGUAAUUUUACUUGAAUUGUAACUGACUACGCUACUGAGGUUCUGAUGCUAUCUGUAGCUGGAUGCAUUAGGUCCUUUUUGGAGGCAAAUACUUGUGUUGUCAAGUGAUCUCCCAACAGCUCAUUUGCACCUUGCUCGAAUGCAGGUUUGCAUUACCAGAUU